CCAGCCUCCUGUUACUGCUGCUGCUCCUGCUGCCAUGGACCAAGACACGGUGGGAAACAUUGUGCUCCUGGCCAUAGUGACCCUCAUCAGUGCCCUCCAGAACGGGUUCUUCGCACACAAGGUGGAGCAUGAAAGUAAGAGUCAGAACUGCCGGAGCUUCCAGCGGACCGGGACGCUGGCCUUCGAGCGAGUCUACACCGCCAACCAAAACUGCAUAGACGCCUAUCCCACCUUCCUCGUGAUGCUCUGGAGCGCCGGCCUGCUGUGCAGCCAAGUUCCCGCUGCCUUCGCUGGAUUGAUGUACUUGUUUGUGAGACAAAAGUACUUCGUUGGCUACCUGGGAGAGAGGACGCAGAGCACUCCCGGGUACAUAUUUGGGAAGCGCAUCAUCCUGUUCCUGUUUCUCAUGUCUCUGGCUGGCAUACUCAACUAUUACCUCAUCCUCAUUUUCGGAAGUGACUUUGAAACGUACAUAAAAACAGUAACCACCACCAUUUCACCCCUGCUUCUCAUUCCCUAGUUCUCGGCCCCGGGAGGGCGGGUGGAGUUCUUCCCCGAGCAGUACCUGGAAGCCGUAAUAAUUCAGCCAUGUAGGAAAGAAGGCUGAGAAGCCUGUAGAUCGCUGUCAAUCUAAAUACCGUCUGGCCUCCGCGGCUUGACGGGACCUCGCUUUUCCCGGAAGAAACAUUUUUACUUUUCAGAACCGUCCCACCAGAGGGGCGGUAAGUCCACAUCCUUUCUUCGGAUUCAUUCUGUGGUUUUUCCCCGCUCUUUCUUGAAUAAAAUGUCACGCGUGUCUAA